AUGACUACUGAUAGUGGAUGUACGGUUAGUGCCUACAGCUCGUAUCUAUAUGUACUUGUUGACAUUUUCAAUAAGAAUGAGUAUAGUCAUUCUAGUUGUGGGUAUAAGAUAACUCCUAAAGAAGAGAGAAAUACUCCAGCAGGAUUUAAGACAUAUAUACAUCCCUUACCGGAUUGGGGAUUUUACGAACUAUUUUAUUAUUUGGGUAAAAUUGACUAUCAAGGAACUGAGCAAGAUGGGUUCGAACGUAUCAAGUACUGUCAUACAGAUGUUUUAGUCUACUAUUGGGACUAUGACGAGGAUAAUUUCUGUCCCUUGCUCGUUAGGGUGACAAAAACAGGAUGGUCUAUGUAUCAUUAUUAUGAGUACUACACUCCCACUGGUAUAAACACAAAUAAUUGGAAAAGAUAUAGUGGUAUAGCCAAUGAUAUUUCUGAUAGACUCAAAAGUAUUAGCAAGGGAGACGUAUUUGGUAGGGUAGUUGUUCUCAAGCUAGAUGCGAAGAAUAAUGAAACCUAUGGAGUUAAUGGAGAAGAAACUUCUGAUAUCAACAAAAGUGUUAGGAUACAAGUUACUGGACCAAAAAAUGAGCCUUCUACAGACUACAGAAAAUAUACUCACUGUCUUGUGAGUAAUGGGAAGAUGAGGGUACUUGGAACAAAACACGAUAAGAUAUACAAACCAUUCAAAGAGUCAAUACUUAAAAAAGAAUAUACUGAAGCCUCGGUAUAUUACUCCAGUAAGGAUAGUAAAUAUCAGAAGCCCCUAAUUCUUCAGCUCGGAACCGGAAAGGACUUCUACAAACUGGAUGGUGAAAAGUGGGUUAAGGAUCCUAGUAUAACUUCUAGCGGACUAAAGGAUGCACUGGACAAAGAGAAUGAUACUCACAUAAUUAAUAUUUCCAAAGAGAGCAAAUACCAAUGCAGUUCCCCCAGCUGUGAUAAGAAUAUAGAAGUAGAUACAGACCAAUCGGCGGAGAAAAGUCACAAUUACACUAAACGAAGGCAUUAUCUUCAGGGGAACGGGCAAUUUUCUGUUUCUUCAUUUAUUGGAAGUGAUAGCACUAUUCAAAUAGGUCUUUCUUCUCCAAGCGGUAUAGCUGAGGUCAAUAUCUUCUGGUAUCCAAAGCAGUCUGGAACUCCUCUUCUGAUAUGCUAUUCAUCUGAAUCAACUCUUAGUUGGUUUAAAAAAACAAAAGUAGAUAAUGAAUGGAAGGAAGUUAAUGAUACGAAGAUCAAGCCUACUAGUAUUGAUGACCAUGCUGGAAUUCAGAAGCUCCUUAUAGAGGCAGAAUCUCCAGAAGUUAGCAUUCAACUUGACCAGGUAUCUGGAAGUGGCUAUAGCUCUGAUGGUGAUGCAACGAUCAAUAUUAGGGGUGAAAAGGUUAAUGAUGCAAAUGGUUACUCAAAGAUCACUCAUGAGAUUACUGGAAAGACCUUUAUAAUUAAGGGUAUCCAACAUAGAGGUCAAUCUCAAACUGUAAAGGGUACUACUACCGCUUUCUCUAAGGAUUCUCUAACCGAAACAUCUGUAUUUUAUUCCGGUUCGGAUCCUAAAAUUUCCAAGCCACUCCUCUUAGAACUGAAGUUGCAAGUUGAAUCAAAAUAUAUCUACUAUGAGAAGACAAAAAAUGCAAAUGAGUGGAGUCUUUUCGAAUCCAAACAAACAACUCAAUAUACAGGAGAUCCUCUAAAGAAGAAACUUGAUGCUUUAUAUGCAGUCUCAAUCUUUUGUAAAAACUGA